AUGUUUUCCAGUGGGCCCAAUUAUACAAAACUUAAAACACAUUUACGCCUGGCGAUUAAUCGAUUGAAGCUGCUAGAAAAGAAGAAAACGGAGCUGGCGCAAAAGGCUCGACGCGAGAUUGCAGACUUUAUUGCUGCUGGCAAGGCAGAACGUGCUAAGAUUCGAGUUGAGCAUAUCAUCCGUGAGGACUAUAUGGUGGAAGCUAUGGAAUUGUUGGAAAUGUAUUGUGAUUUGCUGCUAGCACGCUUUGGGCUCAUUCAGCAGAUGAAGAACCUUGAUGAUGGCUUAGCAGAAGCUAUAUCCACUAUUCUAUGGGCAGCACCACGCAUCCAGACCGAUGUGCAAGAGAUUAAGAUAAUAGCAGAUAUCCUGACAUCGAAAUAUGGCAGACAAUAUACAGAGGCAUGCCGAGAGGAAGCGAUACAAACCAUAUCUGAAAAGCUGAAGCACAAAAUGAGUGUGCAGUCACCAUCAAAGCUGCUUGUGGAAAAAUAUUUGAUAGAGAUUGCCAAGAAUUACAAUGUAGAAUAUGAACCAGAUCCUCAAGUGAUGGCGGAAGCCCAAGAUGCACUGUUGAUAGACAUAGGGGCCAAUGGAGGAGAAUCAAGGAAUAAUUUGGAUAUGGCCAGUGGAGGUGGAAUGCCACAUCCACCUGGUUUCAUUGGCUUUCCACAAGCGCCUCUUUUACCUGAUCCUGGAUUCAACCCAAGCUCGGGUUCUGAAAAAGAUGGUUUAUCCAUGGGAUUUGUAUCUCCAUCAUUGUAUUCUCCAUCAUGUAUGGAGAAGGAUCAAAAUACUUCAUUCAAUCCCACUGCAUUCUCAUAUAACAUACCUUUGGACAAUGCCAACUCAAACAAACCUGAAGACCUACCACCACCUUAUAGACCUGAUUUCCCACCUGAUUUGAACAUACAGUCGGAUGAGAAACCGAAACCUCAGCCGAGGUCCAAAAUACCUAUGAAUAACUUUCAACUGCCGGAUCUGCCAGCAGUACCAACGGAGAAUGAAACGCCUACAAAUCCACCCGAAAAUGACGACAUCGAUUUCGAUGAUCUGAUGAAGCGAUUUGAAGAUCUAAAGAAAAGAAAGUAACGUCUGAUGGGGGCAUGUGAGAAAUUCGCGAAACACGUUAUAAAUUUUGCUUUAUUGUCGCAGACGAGAACGAUACUAUAUUUAGUAGUGCCUUCGGCCAAUAAGGAGAAUCUAGAAUCUAAGACAUUGUGAUAUGCUUGCUAUGCUUGCAUUUUCGGCGAUAAAAUAUCUCGUGAAGCGAUGAAGUGUUUUUUUUUUGUAGAACUAUACUGCGAAACUACAAAUUUCCAAGACGCGUAAUUGAUUAAUCGCUUAUGUAAAUAUGCAUCGCCGAGAAACACAAUAAAUACAUAUAAAUUGUUCA